AUGUGCAUUGAUAAUGAGUGUCGGUGCAGCAAAAACUACUCAGAACGCGAAAAUCACUGCUUACCAGUUAUCGGAAGCUUGCGUUGCCAUUAUGAUGGACAGUGUGCUAUAAUAAAAUUCGCAAAAUGCUCGAAAAAUAGUUAUUGCGUUUGUUCACUCAACACAACUGUUAUUAAUAACACUUUAUGUGGCCCGGUAUCAGAUAGUCACUGUGCGGCGGAUAACGAUUGCGUAAAUAAUUCGGUAUGCAAGAAUAACAAAUGCCAAUGUAGUUCUAAAUACGUCACUAUCAACGGCAAUCAAUGCGUACAUCCUUAUAUAGGAAUGCCUUGUACUGAUGAUGAUUAUUGUAAUUUCUACAUCAACCACACGAUAUGUUCCCCAGAAAAUAAUUGUGCUUGCAGUCAAAAUAGUUAUUACUACAACAGAACCCUACAUUCACUUUUCUUCAACAUGAGUUUCACAAAUUAUGAAGAUUGUAAAGCCGAACAAGCUUUCUGUCUUGAUAAUAAGUGUUAUCACCAUUCUGUUGCAAAUUUCUCAGAUAAAUCCUGCUCUGAAGACAAAAAUUGUUUUGGUUCAUUGUUAGGAGAGCUCUGUGACAUCAAUGAGGACUGCUUUCCUUACAAUUCAGUCUGUUCAGAUAGAAAAUGCAAGUGUGCAAUGAACUAUAGAAACAAUUCGAUCUUCUCUUGCUUACCAAGUAUGUUAAACCAGAAUUGUUGGAUCAAUAGUCACUGCAGUGCAAUACCGAAUGCUGAAUGUUCGGAUUAUCAAUGUAUAUGCAAAGCAGGUUACGUUGAAUCUAAUCAGAAGACUUGCUCACCUCUCUUAGGAACUCAGUGUACGGAACAUGAUGAAUGUACCGUCCGAUAUUCCAUAUGUUUCGAUGAAAAGUGCGAGUGCACUGAUUAUUUUACACCACUAUCGAAUGACCGGUGUGGGUCCGGUAUGUUAUCAAUCGCUUGA